AUGUCCGCCGACCAGAUGGUGUGCCAAAUUGGCGAGGUGUGUGCCAGCGGCAAACCGGAGUUUGAGCAAAGCUCGCUUGGUGUUGUCUUGGACAACCUGCCGCCACCCUGCAAGCCUGACCUGGACCUGGUGGACGUGAGUCUGUGCCCGAUCUACCCUAUUGAAAGCGAGAGCCGUGAGGAUCAGAGCUGGACGCUCAACCUUCGCACGCCUUCCACUUCUUCGUUGACACCACGAUACCAUGAUGUGCCGCCAGGCACACUGCUGCCUCCGGACGGUCGUUCGCACUGGCUUCAUGUGAUGCGCAUGAACGAGUUUUGCAAGGAUGUGACGGCCUACCCUCCGAAGUUCAAGCACACGGUUCUUCAACGGCGCCAGCGGGAUCUGGAUGCAACGGAGAAUCAUAUCCAGAGGAAGCUGGGUUCAUGUAUGGCGAUGAUGGCAAGCCUCGCGUGA